ACUAGACGAAAUUCUUAUAGAGGCUAUGUUAUUCCUCUUGUUUCUACACCUGGUCCUGGCACCAGGCGUGGUAUACAGCACGUACUAUCUCUCCUUUCCAAACCGAAUCACACCUGGAAUGGACCUAGAUCUCCAUGCUUUGAUCACAAAUACGGCCCAGCCAGUAGAUAUGGUCGCAGUUCUGAUGGACAAUUCGUUGAAAGAGUAUACACACACGAGUAGAAGACUUCAAGCUGGUUAUCCGGAGCAGUUAGCCAUGCAGGUUCCAACAGAUCUCCCUAAAGGUCAAUACAGAAUGAAAGUGACAGGAACCGGCGGCCUAACUUUCCAAAACGAGUCGCGGUUGAUAUAUGAUGACAGCCUGUUGGUGUACAUUCAGACAGAUAAGUCACGUUACUCGGCAGGACAGCAAGGUCGUGUUAUUAAGUUUUCAUUCUUGUUCCCUUUUCAGACAAUUAUUAUAGAUAAGAUUUGUACAUAUUAGGCUAUAUUAAGUCCAAAUAGAAUGUAAAAUCCCUAUCUGCGAUGUGUCAGUACAGGCGCGGCAUUUUAUUUAGGUCACAACAUUUCAGAAAAUCAGACAUCUGAUAUUGAUUAAGAGUUCAUAGAAUGUAUUUAGUUGAACUUAAAGAGGCUUAAUUGUUUAUUCCUUCAUUCAAUAUAGAUCCAAAACACAUGACAACACAGUAUAUAUUACAAUUAUUAACAUAUGUAAGGUUUUAAUUGUAGUGAAAUACCGUGCAGUAUUUCUGUUGCCGAAUGCAAAAGGAUACACUGGUUCAGCAACUAUUUCAAUAUACGAUGGUGGAAAUAACCGAAUCAAAGUUGUUGGUCCAUUGAACAUUCCAAAUGGAGUGCUUGAGGAGAGGCUAACAUUGAGCAACAGUCCAGCGUUCGGUGACUGGAAAAUUGAAGUUAAAAUGAUGGACAAGACCAUCUCCAAAGGGUUUACGGUCGAUGACUAUGUCCUUCCGAAGUUCAACGUGGAACUUAUACUUCCGGAAAAGAUUUACACAACAAACACAUCCAUAUCAGUCCAAGUGACGUCAAAGUUUACCUUCAAUACCGACGUGUAUGGAUCGUGUAAACUGCAAAUAUAUGACGAAAACAAUUUACAACACUUCUAUGAACAAAUAAGAGAGAUAAUAGGAAACACAUCAUUCACAAUACCCAUGUCGGAUAUUCGAUCUCAAAGUUUAAUGUAUGGAAGUAUCAAAAUCCGUGCACUUGUCACCGAUAAUGCAACAGCGCUAACAAUGGCGACGGAAAAAGACCUGCCAAUUGUUUCUCCUAUAACGACAACCACUACAACUACAACAACAACUACAAGAUUGAACAGAUUCUCCAUCGCGAAGGAUUCGUACCAGGAGUCAAUUAUUCUACGAUUGUUCGUCUUACAAACAAUGCCGACUCGCCAGGGACGGUUGGACAAAUGCGAGUAAACGCCACACUGUAUAAUGCAGCCCGGAAGCAAUGUAGUACGUGGUUCUAUGUUGAAUUUACCCAAUCGGACAUAUCUUUCACGACACAACAUACAGAGCAUGGAUACGCUUUAUUGUCAUUUCCCGUACCUACGAUUACUGAAAAGAUCGAACUGCAGGUUUCAGCCGCGGGCGUUAGUUUCUCAGAAACCCUUUAUGCCAUUGCUAAAGGUAAUGACCCGAUGUUACGCAUCGACAUAAGCAACCCGGAUGUAAGGGCUGGACAUGACCUCGUUGUGACGGCAGAGGCUAAUGUUCCAAUAAGUGGCGUGCUGACACUUGAGAUGUACAGUAGAGGGGACAUGGUGGCGUUUAUGCGAUCAUCUCUAUCACGUGCCUCCUUUGUGGCAUUCAAUGUACACCUCACUGAAAAAAUGGUUCCGCAUGCUGUCAUAAUAGUGUCACAUAUAACUGCUACGGGGGAAAUACUAUCAGAUAAUGCAGUUGUUUAUGUCAGUGGAAGUCCCCUUGCUAAUCAGGUGUCCGUGUCUUUUAACACAACGAAUGCUCAACCAGGUCAGCCCAUUGCAAUGACGUUUCGAGCUGCCCCGCAUUCAACGGUGUAUUACAUGGCGGUGGAUGAACGGAACCAACUUCUUGCAAGCGGAAACGAUAUCGACAGCUUUGAGGUCACCGAAGAUGUUCUGUCGCUUGCACAAAGUUGGAUGCAAAAUAUAAACCAGUAUCCAACCAACGAAAAAAGAAGUGUCAACCCGAACGACGCAUUUAGAUCUCUGGAAAGACGAAGCUUUCAUGAAAAGUAUUUAAGAUAUCGAAAAUCAAGUUCUCGUCGGAGUUAUGGAAAAUACGGGGACACGGACGACGGUUACAUUCAAUCAGGAAUUCAUCUGUUAACAGACGCAAAAGUAAUUGAAAGACAGGGGCUUAUAGAUCUCUUCAUAUUCAAAAAUCCAUUGACUGUGUGGACUCUUUAA